GCUCAUCGCAGUCAAAAAACUAUGAGGGCGCACGACGCGCAACUCGCUCCAAGCCUCUCCAACAGCGGCGGAGUUUUUCCUCCCGGAGGAUCCGUAGCAUGCGUCUGUGCGCCAACCGGAGGGAGAAGGACCACAGGAAUAUAACUUGACUAUCUGCGGAGUUUGUGUAUUUUUUUUUUUCGGGGGAGUAAUCAUGCCUUUUUGCAAACGGACGAUACUUCCGAAAGAUGUGUGCAAGCCCGACGGCCGGAGGCUGCAGGAGGCGCGUCCGCGGCACCAAGCGGAAGUUUUCGGGGACUUGGCGGACGUGUGCGGCUUCACCUUGUGCUCGGUGCUCCGGCAGCUCUCGGAUCUGUCCCGGCACUCGGUGAGCAUCCUGGAGGACCUGGAGGGAGAGCUGGUGUCCGUGUGCCAACGGUCCGGCGCGCUGGAGGGCAGAGUGGUCCGGCUGCAGAGGCACGUCGCUGAGCUGCUCAGCAAGCCUCCGCCGAGAACCACCAGUGGUCUAGAGGCGGAGAGCGGCAGGCGCGGCGGCAGCAGCCACGGCGACGGCAACCACAGCAGCAGCAGCGGCGGAGGAGGCAGCAGUAGCAGCGGCGGCGCGGCCCACUUCAGGUCUCCAUGGCAACAGAGCGUGAACGUGUUCGGCUCGUGGAGCAGGCCGGAGUGUGUCGAGGAGCUGCACCAGCAGGCGCAGCUCAACCUCCAGAGCCUGCUGCAAGACUUUGAGGAGCAGUUGUACGACACCAAGCUGACCGGUCAGACUUUCCGGCAUCCAUCCUCGCAGAGCUCCGACGACACAUCCACCUCACUCAGCCGAUCUCUCAUCUCCCUCAACAACAAGAGACCUGACUUCAUCUUCCUGCCGGCGUCCAAACAGCUCUACGACGAUGAGACGGCCUCCUCUGUGUUUGGACUGAGGUCUGUGACCGACCCGUCUCCCUCCCCGUCCCCGUCGCCCUGCGGCUCAGAUCGCCCCCCGUUGGGUUGGAGCAGUAACAACAGCAGCAGCAGCACCACCACUUCUGGCACCACCGGACCGCCUGUCGCAGACAAACCACGCUGGCAGCUCGGGAGACGCACACUGGGUCACUUGCCGCUCGACAUCACAGGUGAAGGGAGAGGAGGGAAAUUCCACGGGGUCGACCUCCUACAGCACUCUCCGUCCCCAUCCCCCUCUCCAGGGGACCCCUUCCCCCACCAGCCCCGCUCUCUGGAGCCUGUCACGGACACCUUCCACCAGAACCUCCCCCUGAGGAAGACGCACUCUGACCUCGACACAACCGUACCUGCAGAUAACACGUUGGAGCAGCGUGCCCCGAACCAACUUCACCCAGGAACUAUGGACCACUCUGGGCUGCUGUGCUCAAACACACCCUCCGCUUCCUGGAACGGACCUAAAGGCUCCACCUUCUCUCCUGGAGCGUGGAACGAGCCUUACAAUUACAGCAUGAAUAAAGGCCCGGCGGUUCCGCCCAAACAGCACAGCAUCAUUGGUAAUGCAGGAGGAGGGACACAGGACGGGGUGAUGUUGGUGAGCUCUGGACAGUCGGUGAGCUCACAUUCCAGUUCAUUCACGUCUGUGACAAACCCUUCUGGGAGAGGAGGGAAUAACAUGCCAGGGAUUUCACUGGCAGCGGCGAUAAUGGGGAAGCGGAGCAAGACGGAAGGGGCUGCAGCGGAUGGAGGGAGGGGGGGGGGAGGAGGAGGAGGAGGAGGAGGGGGAGGCGGAGGGGGAGGAGGCGUUGGGGAAGCAGCGAGAGGGCGGGAGAGGUCGGCACGUUCCAUAGCAGCGGCGAACGCCUUCAAGUUCCGGGAGCGUUCCCUUUCUACGCCCACGGAUUCUGGUUCCUUCUGUUUUACAGAAGGUGGUUUAUGCCAGCCGGACGGGAACAUCUUGCCUACAGGGAACGGGAAUGCUAUGGCAAUAACAGGCCACCAACAACAGCAUCAUAACUUCCUGGGUUCGGGUGAAAACUACGCCCUUCUUUAUCCUAGAGGGAGCUCCGAAGACAGCACAAGUACCACAGACACAAUCUCUGUCACAGCUUCAGACUACAGCGCAGAUGGCCGCUUGCGCCUACGCUCCCGUUCCAUCUCGCUUAAGAAGUCCAAGCGCAAGCCGCCACCGCCUGUGAGGAGCGUCUCUCUCAUGAAGAACCUUGGAGAAGCCGAGGGGAGAAUCCACCAUGAAGGCGGUCUUUACCGGGAUGGCCGACCAAAGAGCUUGCACAUCCCCAGGGACCACUUCCCAGACUUCCAGCCCGAUUUCCUCCUGCCAAGCUUGUCCUGCUCCUCUAAGCCCAGUGUGGUUGAGCGGGAGCUGGGCCAUGGAAGCGCUGAUGGACCUCCAAGCCUGGAGGUCCAAGCACCAGAUAGGGAGGGAGAGACAGAGCUAACCUUCCCCACUCACUGGCAGCUGGGGGAGUGGAAGAAUGACCCUUACAGGUCUCUAUCAGGCUCCAGCACAGCAACAGGUACAACAGUGAUUGAAUGUAUGAAAGUGAGAGGCAGCUCGGAGUCCCUGCUUGAUUCUCCCUCCCCCUCCAGAGCCACCUCACCUUCACAGUUCUCCAUGGAAACUGACAUCAAGGCAUCCUCGCCCUUCAAACCCCCAGGACUUAUGUCCCCAUCAAGUGGCUAUUCCAGCCAGUCAGAGACUCCCACCCCAACUGUUCCACUCAGUCACAUGGCAGGUCACGGGACAGUAGGGACAUUGGGGUGCAAGUUGCGUCCCAAGAUUCCAGAAAGGAAAUCAUCGCUACCAUCGCCAAAGGACCCGACUGCAAGGUCUAGAUUGUCAUUUGAGAUGCCUGGGAAUGCACAUCUGGAGCUGUCAUCAAUCAAGCCAAAGCAAAAGGCCAGCAGACGGCAUUCUGACACCUCGACGGCGGUAAAACCGGGAAAAAUCAGUCCCAGCUCCUCACAGGUAUUGCCUGUGGUUACCCAGAAUGAGCUGAAGACUAUUCGCCUUCGCUCAGUCUCUCGUGGUGACUUGGAGGACUGCCCUGAUGGGGCGUCUGACACCAUCGAAGAAGAACAACAUGGCCGAGACCUAGGCGAGGAUCCCGGCCCGCCGCCCACCCUACCGAAACCCAAACCACCUGUCGCUGUCAAGCCACCGUUGCCCAAGCGGCCCCUAAACCUCCUCCUCAAGUCUCCUUCCCCCUCCUCCACUUCCCCCCUAGCUCUCGACUCCCCUCCUGCCUCACCUGUGGACCGGCCUGUACCCCUAGGCAACAUCUACAAAGUCAUGAGAAAACCCAAACCCAAAAAACCUCCACCGCAAACAACAAGUCCCUCUGCUCUUCCAGAUUAUAGCACCGCUCCACAAACUGCCUAUGACCAUCCAUUCCUCCCCCACUCCCAGGCCCUCUGUGAUCUCCCUCCUCUUCCGGACCCACAGCCUCUCCUGGAAGACCCAGCGAUGGAGCCUGACUUUGACGUUGACCCAGAGAUCUGUUUUGGUCCAGGGGACGGAGGCUCACUCCCCUCUCCCUGCAGUAACCAAGAGGCCCCAGAGCUCCAGGACAAGAGCAAGACUCUCCCCUCAAGGAUGACAAUCUCCUGUCUGGCAGAGCUGUCAGACAAAAAGAAACCCAAGGUUCCACCUCCAGUCCCCAAGAAGCCGAAUGUCUUGCUUCUUCCCUCAUCUGUCCACUCCUCCACCAACGGCAGCACAGAACGCCAGACCCCACAGACCGACAGCCCCGUGGGUCUUCGGUCUCCUGUAGGAACAUUCCCACCAGAAGAGUUUCCCGGUUUUACCAGUGUUCCUGAUAUGCUAGAGCAAGAUGAGAACCACUUGGGAACAGACGAGGAGAGUUCCAAAGAGUCAUCGCUUCAGUCAUCUCUGCAUGAUUCCUCCCUCACAGAGCUGGGAGGGAGAAUGGCCAGCACUGCGAUUGGGGCAUAUGACUUGGAAGCCAAUGAAAAGACGAUACUCCACAUUGCCGAGGAAACAGAUGACGUCUUGUUGACCAGCACAUCCGCAACACACACCACCGAAGACCUGUUCACUAUUAUUCACAGGUCCAAGCGAAAGGUGCUAGGUCGUAAGGAGCCAACGGACUCCUUCGGCAGCCGCCAGAGCCUUGUGUCCCCGGUGAAGCACAGCACCAGCGGGAGCGAGCUCCGAAAUCUUACCUUAGGCAGUCAGAGGUCCAGCUCCCGCAAUGAGAACUUUAUGGCCCUGCUUCAGAAGAAAGGCAGCAAGUCUUCCAGCGGAGGAGCCAGAGUCUCCGCUAUGGAGCUUCUCAAAAGCACAAACCCUCUGGCGCGACGGGUCACAGAGUUUUCAACCGCCGGCGAGGGAGGAGACGCGGCAUCCGGGAAUGACAAACCCAACGAUCAAUAAAAGGAAUUAUCGUUAACGGAUGUUAACCAGGUCCGUUUGUUGUUGACAAAGCUACCAACCAAUUCUAAAAUGUGCCACCCACUGCAGAUGGGGCCUUCUGACUAACAUGUCCAACCGGAUCGCUCCAACUACUGAUUGACCAUUUGCACUGUCCAAUCCAAUUGGAGCACAUUUUUGGACAAAAUGGUCCCUCCCAUGGUUGAAGCACUACUGUUCCCUGUCACACCGGUCCCCCUCUAGGAAAGCGAGAAAUCUGUGGAGAGCAAAGUUUGUUCUCACUAUAUUUUCAAUGAAAGGUGGAGGUUUUAAGGUUAUGCUUCAACACUGCGCCGUGUUUUCCUCAUUGGGGAUAUGCUCAGUGUGGAGGCUGGAUGCAUAGAUGGAUGGACGGGUGGAGUAGACACUGGGAAUAUAAGGAUAUACAGUGAAUAACUUCUGGCUUUUUCUGGAUGAAGACAACAAGAGUCCCAGAUGGC